AGAUCGUUCGCGAAUACAUGCUGUAAAUAUAUGUCGAAGAUUCAGCUUCGACCGUAAUAGGCAUUUUAAAUUUCUAGUAUUGAUUGUGUUUCUCAUUUAGACCGUAGUCUAAAAAUAAAGAUAUGUCGAAGUAUUGAAAAUAUGGAGCGGUGCAUCAAGAUUAAAAAGAUUACGUUAUAUCGCGACGAGCAUGCAACUGUAAUAAAUUGAUUUAAAAAAUUGCAAUAAAUUCUGCCGAUUCAAAAGUACGAUUACCGAAAAAGUCAUCAGUUACGUAUUUAAAUUAGUAAUCGCAUAGUCUUCUAAAUCAACUUUACGAGACGAAUGCGAUUUCAUAGAGACCUACUUCAAUUUGACUAGAUGUCCCAAGCUUUCUAAAGAGAAGAAUCAGCAAACUGUUAUACAAGAGAUUAAUAGAAUAAUGUAUUAAAGAGAACUAGGCGCUGUAAUAUAUCCGACAGAAGAUUGGCGAAAAUUUAUUUCUUGCACGAUAAGAUCAGAUUCAUGAUGUUCUGUCUGACGAUCUUGUUUCUGGGACACGUUGGUGGAAUUUUACCGCCGGCUAUUCUGGAAACGGUUCAUCACUUCUUUGCGGGAUUCCCACCGCCCAACGAUCUAGUACAGGACAAGGACGCGGCGCCCGGGCAACAUUACCUAUCUUUCGACUUCCUCGUGAUUGGAGCCGGAUCGGCGGGGUCCGUGCUUGUGAAUCGCCUGACCGAGAAUCCUGAUUGGAAUGUCCUGCUGCUCGAGGAGGGCAGGGAUGAGAUCUUUCUCACAGAUAUUCCCUUCCUGGCGUCGAUCCUUCACGUUACAGAUUAUGCCCGCGUAUACAAAGGCAAGUUGCGACCGCCAGACCCGUAUGGUCGCGGUGGGUACUGCCUCUCGAUGGUCGACGGCCGUUGCAAGGUAGUGACUGGUAGAGCGGUCGGUGGCACCUCCGUGGUGAACUUCAUGAUUUACUCAAGGGGUUCGCCGGCGGAUUACAACGGUUGGGAGGCGCUCGGAAAUCCCGGUUGGAGCUACAAGGACGUACUGCCCUAUUUCAUCAAGUCCGAGAGGUGCAGGCUGAUCGAUAGAGACGUGAGGUAUCACGGAUACAAAGGAUAUCUGGAUGUCAUGACUCCUCCUUACGCCACUCCUUUGAAGGAACGUUUCUUAAAGGCUGGUCAAGAGCUUGGUUACGAACUGAUAGAUUACAACAGCGAUAGAUUCAUCGGUUUCUCAACCGUGCAAGCAAAUUUACGAAAUGGUCACAGAGUCAGCGCCAGCAAAGCUUUCCUCAGACCAAUUCGCGACAGGACCAACUUUUAUCUGUCUAAGCUCUCAACAGUAACGAAAAUUAUUAUUAAUACGCAAACAAAAAAAGCCGAGGGCGUCCAAUUUGCGAAAGACCAUAAAAUAUAUUUUGUCUUCGCUACUAAAGAAAUUAUACUUUGCGCAGGUACUUUGGGUUCACCACAGUUACUGAUGCUCUCCGGAAUAGGUCCAAAAAAUCAUUUGACUUCAUUGGGCAUCGAUGUAAUCGAGGAUCUUCCGGUGGGAUUUAAUUUACAAGAUCAUGUGAGCAUGUCAGCUUUAACGUUUUUAGUCAACGAGAGCGUGACUAUUGUCGAGCCACGUUUGGGUUCGAAUCCAAUUAAUUUUGUGAAGUACCUGACAGAGGGAAAUGGUCCUUUGACUAUACCCGGAGGCGCCGAAGCGUUGGCUUUUGUUAACACCAAAACUAAUAAUUACAUGAAAAAAACAGAAAUGGAAAAAUCCAAAUUCAACUACAUUCAGCGUGUAAAUACACACAAGUACGACAAGCAAUAUAAUUCAGGUCGUCAUAACAUUCCUUUCGAGAAGAAAUCGGUUCGAACGAAACGACGAAUAGCUGGAGGUGUUAGCGCUAGCGUCAACCAUGAUCCACAAACAUUAAUUGCAGCAUGCCGUUAUGCUGCCAGGCGCUCUGGGGAGAAAAAUUUAUAUUCAGAGCUGGCUAAAUUAUGA